UGCCAUGGCGUCCCGCUAACGGCAGGAUCAGAAUAUUCCAUUUCCAAAUAAUACUACAGUAUUAUCCCAAAAGUGGCAUCAAAAAAGAAAAGAAAAGAAAUCUUCUAAACGGUGGUUGCGAGACAAUGAAGUGUUAAUUUGAUGGUUGUUGAUGAAGAAGAGCAUUCUGCUAAUCACAAGUCUAGGAAUUAUAUGCCCUUCAUGGAGAAAUAUGAACUUUUUACUUCUUCAACAAUUUUGCUACUCGCAGUGAUGAAUAUGGUGAUAGCUGGAUUAUCGCAGCGAAUUCCCACAACCUUAGAAGGUCCGUUUAAGCCCACAACUCGUAGUUUCGAUCCUUCGUUGCGCCGUGGCAGCGAUGAUUUGCCUAUGAAUCAUCCAAGGUUACGGAAAAAUGUGACCUCAAAUUUCCCUGAACAGAUUGCUCUUGCAUUGUCUACUCCAACUUCAAUGUGGAUUUCUUGGGUCACUGGGGAUGCACAGAUUGGAUUGAAUGUGACGCCAGUCGAUCCGUCAACAGUGGGCAGCGAGGUGUGGUAUGGGAAGGAAAGGGGAAAGUACAGUGGAAAGCAAACUGGUGUCUCAGUGAUUUAUAAUCAGUUGUAUCCAUUUGAGGGCCUCUGGAAUUACACAUCUGGUAUCAUCCAUCAUGUGAAGAUUGAUGGUCUUGAACCUGAAACAAAGUAUUACUACAAGUGUGGCGAUAGUUCUUUAAAAGCAAUGAGUGAGGAACUUGUAUUUGAAACCUUACCGUUGCCUGGCUCUGGCAAGUAUCCUGGUCGAAUAGCAGUUAUAGGAGAUUUAGGACUUACCAGCAAUUCUACAACUACAAUCGAUCAUCUUAUUAAGAAUGAUCCUUCGAUGAUU